AUGAACGUCUUUGCCGAAGAGGCUACUGAGGAGCGUGGCGAGAACGCCCGUCUCUCGUCGUUUGUCGGCGCGAUGGCGCUUGGCGACCUUGUCAAGUCGACGCUCGGCCCCAAGGGCAUGAACAAGAUUCUCCAGUCCAUGUCGGACGGCAGCAUCAUUGUCACCAACGACGGUGCUACCAUCCUCAAGUCGAUCCAGCUCGACAACCCCGCUGCCAAGAUUCUCGUCAACAUCUCCAAGGUCCAGGACGACGAGGUUGGUGACGGCACCACCUCGGUGUGUGUUCUUGCCUCGGAGCUGCUGCGCGAGGCCGAGAAGCUUGUCACCGUGUCGCGCAUCCACCCCCAGACCGUCAUCGAGGGCUACCGUAUCGCCUCCAAGGCCGCCCUUGGCGCCCUCGCCGGCUCGGCCGUCGACAACUCUGCCGACCCCGCAAAGUUCCGCGAGGACCUGUUCAACAUUGCCCGUACCACUCUCUCGUCCAAGGUUCUGUCCCAGGACAAGGACUACUUUGCCAACCUUGCCGUGGACGCCGUUCUCCGCCUCAAGGGUUCGACCGACCUCGAGCACAUUCAGAUUAUCAAGAAGGUCGGCGGCAAGCUUACCGACUCGUACCUCGACGAGGGCUUUAUUCUCGACAAGCAGAUUGCCGUCAACUCGCCCAAGCGGAUAGAGAACGCCAAGAUCCUGAUCGCCAACACGUCCAUGGACACUGACAAGAUCAAGAUCUUUGGUGCCCGUGUGCGCGUCGACGGCACUGGCAAGCUCGCCGAGCUUGAGCGUGCCGAGCGCGAGAAGAUGAAGGCCAAGGUCAACCAGAUUGCCGCUCACGGUAUCACCUGCUUUGUCAACCGCCAGCUCAUCUACAACUACCCCGAGCAGCUCCUCGCCGACAACGGCGUCAUGUCGAUUGAGCACGCCGACUUUGAGGGUGUUGAGCGCCUCGCCCUUGUCACUGGUGGUGAGAUUGCGUCCACCUUUGACGAGCCCGACAAGGUCAAGAUUGGUCGUUGUGACCUGAUCGAGGAGAUUAUGAUUGGCGAGGACAAGCUCAUCAAGUUUUCGGGUGUUGCUGCCGGCGAGGCGUGCACCGUCGUUCUCCGCGGCGCCACUUCGCAGAUGGUCGACGAGGCCGAGCGUUCGCUGCACGAUGCCCUCUCCGUCCUGUCCCAGACCGUCAAGGAGACCCGUGUCACUCUUGGUGGUGGUUGCGCCGAGAUGCUCAUGUCGUGCGCCGUCGACGAGGCUGCCCGCACCGUCUCGGGCAAGCGUGCACUUGCUGUCGAGGGCUUUUCGCGCGCCCUCCGCCAGAUGCCCACCAUUAUCGCUGACAAUGGCGGUUACGACAGCUCGGACCUCGUCUCCCAGCUCCGCGCUGCCCACUACGAGGGCCGCUCCGACGCCGGUCUCGACAUGGACAAGGGCGCCAUUGCGUCUAUGCGCGACCUGGGCAUCACCGAGUCGUUCAAGCUCAAGAGGCAGGUCGUCGUGUCGGCUUCCGAGGCGAGCGAGCUCAUCCUCCGUGUCGACAACAUUCUGCGCGCGGCUCCCCGCAAGCGCGAGGGUCACUAG